AGAGACCGGGAGACGAACUGGAAUCCCCGAGUCGCUGCAAAACCUUCGCGUUGGAUCAGUGAGUGAGUGAGUGUACAGCAGCAGUGGCUCUCACAUGGCCGCGGGAGGAACGAGCGGGUUAUAGAGAGAAUAGAAGGUCCUUAAAAAAAAAAAACGGGGAUUCCUCUCAAGUCUCCGGUAUCCCCCCCCGGCAUCAGUCCCGCAUGAUGACACCCACGCUUCACCCCGUGUAGCUGAGCGGGAUCCCCGAUCCGCCGGAGGGAGGAAGCGAAGAGAAGGACCCACAGACUCCCGAGAGGACUCAUCGAUGUGAUCGCCGGCAUUAGAUACACUCAAGUAAUUUAUCUCGGACGGGGAAUCCAAGGAAGGUGUCAGGAAUGCUCCCUGUCUUCCUGCUAGCUGGGUUGAUUCUGGCUCUGUCCAUCCCUGGCACCACGUCGGAGUCGGCCACACUGCGCUUCCUGGGGCAGACGGACUUUGUUGUCAACGAGAGCAACACAGCUGUGAUCCGGCUGGUUGUGGAGAGAGUGGGAGACCCGGUCAAUGUGACGGCUUUGAUUCUGCUAGAGGGAGUGAACACAGGGGACUUUGAAUCUGUUAAUGCGGCAGCAUUCCUGCUGUCCACGGAGUCCAACAAGACCAUCUUCAUUGCUGUGAGAGAUGAUGACUUGCCUGAAGCCGAUGAGACAUUUACCUUCAACCUUAUACUACAGAGCUCCUCUAAUGGCAUUACACUGGGAAAACCAAAUAAAGCAACCAUCACCAUCCUGUCCAAUGACAAUGCCUUUGGAAUUGUUGGCUUCAACUCGACUGAAGACAUAGUAGUAGAGGAACCAAGAGGAAGAAACCACUAUGUGCCUUUCACCCUAACUAGAGAAAAGGGAACAUAUGGAACUGUGAACGUAAACUUUGAGAUCUCUGAAGGUCCCAACCCUGCCAUUGAGGACCUCAGUCCAGACAGAGGGAACAUCACCAUUCCUGUGGGACAGUCUGUUGUAAAUUUUCGUAUCCUCAUCACGGAUGACGAGAUCCCAGAGGAUGAUGAGGUGUUUUCCGUCAGGCUAACGGCCGUGGCAGGUGGAGCCCUCCUCAGGCCCAAUGCCAGCAGUGUCCAGCUCAGAAUUCGGCGUAAUGACAGCCCACUGCGGUUCUCCCACUCGAUCAUGGCAGUACCAGAGUCCGCUGGAAUCAUUGCCCUUAAUGUGACUCGUGGUCGGUUGACUGAAGACGGUCCACUCAUCGGCUCUGUUGACACAGAGGUCUCUGUAGAAUACAUGGUGGUGAGCAGUCGAGGACAGGGCAGCGCCACACCAGCUGUGGAUUUCCUCGACCUCCAGUCAUCCAGAACUGUUAUAUUCCCUCCAUUUGUGUACAAGACCAGCCUGUUUUUCAAUAUCAGUGACGACAUCGUGCCAGAAAUUGCAGAAUCCUUCCACCUGAUCUUGCUGGAGGAGAGUGUCAGAGGAGAUGCUGUGCUAGUACCACCCAACGCCGUGCAAGUAACCAUCGAGCCCAAUGAUAAGCCCAAUGGUGUCCUGUCAAUCAGCAGCAGCGCGGCCAUUCAGCCAAUAAUCAUCAAUGAAGACCUGAUACAGAGAUUUGAAGGAAUCGUUAUUGUAAGAAAUGGAGGCAGCUAUGGUGCCGUGUCCGCUAACUGGUCCAUCAGUCGAAACUCCAGUGACCGCUCGCCAGUGUCGGAUGAUUUAAAGCCUGCAGAGGGGACGGUGAGAUUUGCUGCUGGUCAGGUGACAGCUGUGAUUCCCAUCAACAUUGUGGCAGACGAUCUACCCGAAGAAGCAGAGGCCUUUGUAUUCAAGCUCCUAAACAACACUUCAACUGGAAAUGCGGAGGUCGACGAACCAACGGAGAUUGUAUUCUACAUCCAGGACAGUGACGAUGUAUAUGGGCUUUUUCGUUUUGACCCAGCAAAAGAGCAAAGCAUCCACAGCCAACCUGAGGGUCGUUUCCUGUCGCUAAAUUUCUUGCGAGAAGGUGGUACACUGGGGGAUGUGUCAAUGGCCCUCACCGCCCUUUACAUUCCUGCAGGACCUAUAGACCCAGCACUGGCCGGUGACCAGGUUCUGAAUACCAGCAGGUCUGUUAAUGUUGUGUUUUCCCGUAAACGGAUGGUCCCCGUCAUACUACCAAUCCGGAAUGAUGCCUUUCUUCAGAAUGGAGCUCAUUUCCUUAUACAGGUGAAUACACUGGAGCUGGUUCAAAUAAGUCCUCCAAUUCAGUCAAACAGCCCCCGGUUUGGGGGACCUUUAAACCUGACCUUGACUGUCACCCCUGACAUUGCUAAUGGAGAAAUUGGCUUUACAAGUAACACCACGGUGGUGCUUUUUGAACCAGAGGACAACAACACCAGCAGAGUAAGCCUUCCCCUACGCCGUGAUGGAACAGAUGGUCAGGCUGAAGUGUUCUGGAGUCUUCAGCCGAUUGGAGACAAUAUCGUCGCUGUCACUGUUAACGACUUGGGGCCUCUAAGUGGCUCCGUGGUCUUCCUCUCCGGACAGAGUGAUGCUUCUAUCAACUUUACCAUCAUGGCUGAUAAUAUCCCAGAAGUCAAUGAGACCUUACUGCUUACUCUCGAUAGGAGUAAUGUUAAGAAUCAGAUCCUGAAAGCCGGCUUUACCAGCAGAGAGAUUGUCAUCAUGGAGAACGAUGACCCCGGAGGAGUCUUUGAGUUCUCCUCAUUCUCCAGAGGUCCAUUGUUCAUCAAUGAGGGUGACACUGUGGAGCUGCAUGUGGUCAGAGCCCAGGGGCAGCUUCUGAAACAGCUGGUGCGAUACGCUGUCAUGCCUGUUGGCAACACUGAAUUCUAUGGCGCCACUGGCAUCCUGGAGUUCCUACCAGGAGAAAAAGAUCUGGUAGUGACACUAAUUGCAAGGCCUGAUGAGGUGCCUGAGAUGGACGAGACCUUCUCUGUGGUACUUAGUAGCCACAGCACUCCACCCAGUCGUCUAGGCAACUACAGGGAGGUCAACAUCACAGUCCGGAAGAACGACGACCCUUUUGGGGUCAUUGAGUUCAUCCAAUCAGGAUUGACAGUGGCCAUCAAUGAGAGCAAAGGGGACAAGAUGCACGGGGCGGUGUUCCCUGUUGUGAGGAACAGGGGUAAUUUCGGAGAAGUGUCAGUGUCCUGGGUCUUGGAGCCAGCCCGGUCAGGAGACGUCAGUCCUCUCCAGGGAAACAUCACCUUUAUGGAAAGGCAAUACCUCAACAACUUAACUCUCUUCUCCAUACCCGAUGAGAUCCCAGAGAACAUGGAGAAUUUCACAAUCACACUGUUAAAUGCUACGGGUGGUGCAAGACUGGGAAACAUACUCCAUGCCAAUUUACAGAUAAAUAAGAAUGAUGACCCCAUCUACUUUUCUGAACCUGUGGUUGUGCGGCUUCAGGAAGGGGGUGUGGCCAACUUUACUGUCUUGAGGGCAGGGCGGAUGGACUUUGUUGCCACGGUGAUGUACCGCGUAGAAUACAGAGAGGCAUCUCCAGGGGACAUCGCCGUGCUGAGUAACGACACGUUGCUGGUGUAUGAUGUGGGUGAAUGGAUGAAGAACAUCUCUGUGGCUGUGGAAGAUGACAACAUACCUGAGACUGAUGAGCCCUUCAACAUUGUUCUCUACAAUGCUACCGGGGAUGUGGUUGUGUAUGGAGCAAACACAGCUACUGUGGUGAUUGAGGCCAAUGAUGAUGCCAACGGGAUUUUCUUUCUGGAAGCAAUAGAGAAACCUGUGGAAGAGGGCAAGACCAAUAAUGUUUAUAUCCUGCGGUCUCGGGGGCACUUUGGUAAUGUUACGGUCUUCUGGCAGCUGUUUGCCAAUGACUCAGUGACUCCUCUGGAGGAAAACCAAGAGUUUACCAACACAUCUGGCUCCAUCAACUUCAAAACAGGGGAAGAGACCAAGCCUAUUGUCCUGGAGGCCAUCUCAGACAAGCUACCAGAAUUCAAUGAGUUCUUUGUCCUCAGGCUGGUUAAUAUUUCAGGUGGUUAUCCAGGCGAGGGAGGUCAACUAGCCAAGACUUCUCUGACUGCCUCCAUUCUCAUCCCUUUCAAUGACGACCCAUUUGGUGUAUUUUCUAUCACCGACAACAACCUGGACCAGGAAAUAGCUGAAGAUGUAGUCUCAGAGGAUGACAUGGCUGAUGUCACUUCCUUCACCAUCCUCCGACAGCAGGGUACUUUUGGCGAUGUGCGUGUUGCCUGGGAGAUCGUUUCUGGACGCUUCCCAGAGGGCCUUCCUCUGAUGGAUGACCUGCUCCUCCUAGCAUCCUUCCCAGACGAGGUUGAGCUCAGGCCUCAUGCCAAGCGGCACCACUCAGCCACAGACACAUGGUAUUUCUCCGGGCUUCCAGGAGCUUACGGGAACAUCUCUCCCAAAGAUGGGCCCGCUGCUGUCGGAAACUUCACUUUCUCUGCUUGGCUCGUGCCCGGACCGGACACUGACGGCUUCAUAGUCUGCAAAGGAUCCAAGAAUGGGACCCUGUAUUAUGGAGUGAAGGUUCAGACCAAUGAGUCUCAUGUCAUGGUGAUGCUGUAUUAUACAGUAAUAGGAUCAAACAAUACCCAAGUGGCCCGGGCCACUGCUGAGAAAUUUGUAGAGAAUAAUUCCUGGUUACAUGUCAUCAUUACUGUUGAUGAUGGGAUUAUUGAGUUCUUCCUGGAUGGGAAUCCUAUUCCUGGAGGAUUGAAAAGCAUCAAAGGAGAGGGCAUCGCUGAUGGACCUGCGUCAGUGUUUAUAGGGUCAGAUCCACAGGGUGAACAGCGAUUCACCGGUCUUCUCCAGGAUGUUCGCUUGUACAGUACGAAGCUGAACCGCAGCCACAUUCACGAGCUUCACACGCAGCCCGCUAAAGCAGACCUGCGUAACAUCUCCGGUUUCCUACGGUACCGGCAGGACGAGAGGCAGAAGUCGUUCGUUGUGGAAGCCAGAGAUGACGAGGAGGAGGAGGGAGAGGAGGUUUUCUAUUUACAGUUGGUAGCAGUUCAAGGUGGAGCACGCCUCCCUUUCCCCAGACCCACUGCAACUUUGCGAGUCCUGAAAAGUGACAAUGCCAAUGGGCUUUUUGGAUUCACCGGUGCCUGCAUUCCUGAUACAAGUGAGGAGGGUUCCACUAUCUCAUGUGUGAUUGAGCGCACGCGGGGAUCUCUGGACCAGGUUUUCGUCAACUACAGUGUUACCCAACUGGACAGUGAGACGCCAGCCCAUCAGGAUUUUGUUAAUUCCACUGGAGCUGUGUUUUUCUCGCCAGGAAAGCGCUCUUUGGGUGUGUUGAACCUGUUGGUGUUGAAUGAUAAUCUCCCAGAGCUGGCAGAGUCCUUUCUGAUUACGCUGGUGUCAGCAGAGUCAGGUGAUGGCAAGCAAGGCUCCACUCCAACCAGCGGUGCAAGCAUCGACCCAGCAAACUCCGUUAACAACGUCACUGUCACAGCAAGUGACCACCCUUAUGGCCUGCUACAGUUUCAACCCAUCCCUCAAGGAGAGGGAUUGAUCCCUCCGGCAUUAGAACCUGCCCACAUAACUGUCAACGAGGAAGAUGGACAAAUCCAUUUGCUGGUGGCCAGGGCCCAGGGCCUUUUGGGAAGGGUCAUGGUUGGGUACAGGACGACCCCCUUCACAGCAUCCAGCCCUGAAGACUAUGAGGACUCGGAAGGCGUGCUGGACUUUCUUCCAGGGGAGAGGUUAAAGUUCAUCAAUGUGACCAUCAUAGACAAUCCUGUCCCUGAGCUGGAUAAGAUUUUUAGAGUGGAGCUCUACAAUACUGAAGGGGGAGUGGAUCAGUUUCUACGUAGUGAAGGAAGUGGUAGUGGGGAGAGUGACUCUGACUUCCUGCUUCCAUCCUUUCAUCACUGUGCCAGCUUGGGAGCUGCGUCCCGCAUCACGGUGACCAUUGCUGCUUCUGAUGAUGCCCAUGGAGUGUUUCAGUUCAGUCCUGAAUCCCUGACUGUGAAUGGAACAGAGCCUGAGGAUGGACGCAGCUCGGUUGUCCUGCAGGUGGAUCGGGCAUUCGGUGACCUCUCAAACGUAACCGUGUACUGGGAGGCUGAUCCGAGUUCAGAGGGGGAGCUACUCAGCAGGUUUGGGAACAUCACCUUUGGUGUAGGUCAGACGUCGGAGAACAUCAUCAUCAAUGUGGCCCAGGAUGAGAUCUCUGAGUUGGACUCGAGUGUCAGCGUUUCCCUGGUUAACGUCACCCAUGGUCGUCUGGGUGUCCAGACAUCUGCCACUCUGACUGUGCUCGCCAACGACGAUCCUUACGGCGUUUUUGUAUUCGCUAAUAAAACGAGGUCUGUCCGACUUCCCGAAGCCUACUCAACUGUCACCCUCAUCAUCCUGCGACAGAGGGGCCUGAUGGGUCAGGUGCGAGUGACUUAUGGAACGCUGAAAGAGGGGGAUCCGGAACCUUACAGCACCCCAGGGUUGGGCCGAGCAACUGAGGGGCGGGACUUUGUUCCCCUCUUGGAUUCAGUUGUGUUCCUGGCCAAUCAGAGUGAAGCAAACAUCACCAUCCAAGUACUGGAUGAUGAGGAUCCAGAGAGAGAUGAGUCGGUGUUUGUGGUGUUGAUCAGUGUUCAACUCAUCACAGGAGAGCAGGAGAGGCUCAUUUCCAAUUCUCCUUCGCUGGGCCUCAGGGCUGACAUUGUUGCCCAGGUGAUAGUGGAGGCCAGCGACGAUGCUUUUGGAAUCCUCCAGCUGUCAGCUUCAGCUGUCAGUGUAGCUGAGCACUACGUUGGACCCAUAAUAAAUGUUACACGUGUAGGGGGGAUUUUCGCUGAUGUAUCCGUCAAGUUUCGAGCAAUGCCUUUGACCGCCAGAGUCAGUGAAGACUACAGUGUAGCCUCCACUGAUGUGGUCCUCCUAGAAGGGGAGUCCAGUAAGUCGGUACCCGUCUAUGUCAUCAAUGAUAUCGUCCCUGAGCUGGAGGAGACUUUUCUCAUCGAGCUGAUAAACCAGACCACUGGUGGAGCUCUCUUAGGGGAGCUCAGGCGUGCCAUCAUCACCAUACUGCCUUCCGAUGACCCUUUUGGUGCCUUUGUCUUCCAAGCUGUUCCAGUUACCAUAGAGGAACCAGGGUCUAAUUCUAUGGAGGUCAAGUUGCCCAUAGUCCGUAAUGCUGGUACUAUUGGCACAGUGGUAGUCCAAUGGCAGGCCACUGUCAAUGGUAAACUAGCAGUGGGGGACAUCCGACCAACAUCGGGAGAGAUUACAUUUGCUCCUGGAGAGACUAUGAAGAUUCUCCAGGUGGAGAUUUUAGCAGAUGAUGUACCUGAAACCACUGAGAUAAUUAUGGUGGAGCUUAUUGGUGCCAGUAAUGGAGGAAGCCUCGGGGUUGAUAGAUCUGUUAAUGUAAUAGUGCCUGACAAUGACAAUCCAUAUGGGACAGUGUACUUUGAACAGACUGUUUACCGCUUUCAGGAGCCACUGCAAGGAGUUUAUAGAGCCAAUAUCACUGUCCACAGGAGAGGCGGACACUUUGGUCGCUUGGAGAUCGUGUACAGCACCUCAGAGGUGGACAUUGUUGGCUUGGCUCAAGCUGACGGCCAGAAUCUACUAAUGUACUAUAACACCCCAAAACCAGGUGUUCCAUCCACUGCCCCUGGGAGGACAGUCAACAUCACCGGGCAGAGUGACGCUUUGGCGGCAUGCGCUGCUGCCUGUCUCAGAGAGCAGGCCUGCAAGGCCUUCUGUCUCUCAUCACGAGAGACCUUGCCAUCCUGCACUUGGGUGACUUCAGGGGUUGACCAGCUGACCCCUCAAGCUCAAGUUAUGACAUAUGUAAAAAACGUUACGGCAGCUGCUGUCCUGUUUAGUACCCAGGCUGUGGCAGGAAGUGAUUACAGCCCUGUGACAGCUCAAAGGGCCUUCAUGGAAGAUGGAUCAGGGGUUGCCAACCUCACAGUCCCAAUCUUGACUGAUACAUUUCCUGAAAUGGAUGAGAGCUUCUCCAUUCACAUCUUAAAGGUAGAACUGAUAAAUCUGACAGUGGCGCAGAAGAACCUGCCCUCGAUUGGCCUGCCAGAUAAAGCUGUGGUCACAAUAGGGAUGAAUGGAGAUGCAUUUGGCGUAUUUUUGAUAUACAGCCUCAGUCCCAACACCACUAAUGAGGGGCUCUAUCUAGAGGUUCGAGAAGAGCCAAUGGUUGUGGUGCCUCUGGUUAUAGAGAGGAGAGGAGGGAAUCUGGGCAUUGUCACCAUAGAGUGGAGGUUUGUGGGAGGAAAGGGUACACCGGAUGCUGACUUCAGUGGCACUGGAGGGAUUCUGGUCUUUAAUGGUGACCUGAAGAAGACAAUCGAGAUUUUAAUCAGGGAUGAUAUUGUACCAGAGGACAAUGAGACCAUCAUGAUUGGUCUUGUUAAUACGGAGGGAGGAAGUCGGAUCCUGCCCAACUCUGACACUGUAACCAUAGUGAUACUGGCAAACGAUUAUGUGGCUGGAAUAGUAGGAUUUCAUCCGGCCUCCCGUUCCGUCAUCAGCAGAAAAGGUGAAAGGCUGUCCUUGCUGGUGACGAGAACAGCUCCUGGUCUGGGUAAUAUCACUGUUGACUGGAAUGUAAAAGGGCCCCUUGUACACCAAACCUUCCCCAAAAUCUCAGGGACACUUUAUUUUGCUGAGGGAGAACUAAAUGACACCAUAGUCCUGCAGCUUCUUGAUGAUGCCACCCCAGAGGACAAAGAUGAAUACAAAGUUUCCUUGUCCAACAUACAAACAUUUGGUGUUGUGGUGACAGGUCAUGCUGCGCUAGAUGUUCAGGGUAGUGAGGCGGUGCUUACUGUGGACACCAGCGACGAACCCUACGGGCUGCUCACCAUCGCCCCGUCAUCCCUCAGGGUGACCACAGAGGAACGGGACCAAACUAUAAACAUCUACGUCAAUAGAGAGUUUGGAGCCUCAGGAGCAGUGAAUAUCACCUAUGAAGUUAUAAGAGGUUCCCUCCAAGACAUGUCGUUGGUGGAAGGUUCUCUCGCUGAACCGGGACAAGACUUCAUUUCUGGUUCUAGUUCCGUAAUACUUCAGGAUGGACAAACUUCUGUCGCCAUACCGGUCACCAUACUGGAGGACAACAUUCCUGAGCUCCAGGAGUUCUUCCUGGUCAACAUAACAUCAGCAGUGCUCAUCACAACUCUUGCCACUGUUCCCAAACUAGACACCCAGGGUUUGGUGGUCGAGGUUAGCAUUGCUGCUAAUGAUGGAAUUAGAGGAGUCAUUGAAUGGACAAACACUAUGUUUGAAGUGAACGAAACAAUAGGAGUACUGACUCUAGUGGCUUACAGGAACAAGGGGACAUAUGGAAAUGUCUCUGUCUUCUUCUAUGCUCAGAACCUAGAAGCUCAACAGGGACUAGACUACAACACCAGUGAAACGAUGCUCCAUUUUGUAGAUGGCGAAAGGCAUAAAUUUGUAGAAGUGCAGAUCGUCGAUGACGCCAUUCCAGAAGGAGCUGAGAGAUUCAAGCUCAUCCUAUCCAAGCCCUCGCCUGGGCUGGAGCUGGGAACCAAUACCACAGCCUCCGUAAAUAUCCUGGCCAGUGACGAUGGACAUGGUGUAAUUUCAUUUAACACCAGCGAGCAUUUCUUAUUGAGGGAGCCCACAUCUGUUUCUGGGCUGAGUGAGAGUGUGGCAACGCUGUACGUGGUUAGGAACCCUGAGAAAGGCACAUUUGGCACUGUGACUGUUCAAUUUACCAUUACUGAUGCCAACGGCAGUCUAGCAGAGGGCGAUUUGAUGCCAGCACAAGGGUUUGUGGUGCUUGAAGAUGGAGCCAAAUUUAAGAUGCUGGAGAUACGGGCAGUGCUGGAUGCUGAGCCUGAAGUAAAUGAAACCUUCACAGUGACCCUGUCCAGCCCAACAGGGGGUGCACGGAUGGGGCACCAACUCAAAAGUCUCAUCACCAUCUUGGAGAACUUAGCACCUUCAGGCUUGUUCCGCAUUGGACCUUCAAUUAACAGAACUAACACAAAGGUGAUUGCUGAAGAAGGUGGCAUGGCGGUCUUCCUCACCGUUUCUCGCAGUAAUGGUCUGGAGUCGUCUGUCAGUGUGGAAUGGGAGAUGCAAUCCGACUCAGCUAUUGCCUCUGAGGGUCACCUCCCAGUGAUGGGUGUGUACCAGAACUUUGAGGACAAUCCCACCUCUUCUUGGUGCUCCCUUCCCGAAGGGCCUUCCUCUCUGGCCAUGAGGCUGGAUAAGAGGCCUGUUGCUGGAUCCUCCCUCACUGUUGCCACUCUUUAUCGGUGGCAGGGGGUUUUAGUGCCAGUAGAGUCUAUUAGGAUUCAGGAUCCAAGCUCCUGUGUGGGGUUUGCGGUGAAUGGCUCUACCUACAUUGCAAUUACACAUGGCGGUCCUCCUUUUUACCCCGCUGCAAACCUCAGCAUCUUCAAGAUGCAAAUGGACCUCAAUAUGACAUUGGAACAAACCUUAGGAGUUGAAGCUCUUAAUGUGAAACACUUUGCUACUGAAGGCAGAGAUUAUCUAAUAGCAUCAAGCCAGAUAUUUGUCCGGACGGGAGGCUUCUUCGCCCUCCACCAGACUCUCAACAACGAAGAGGACAUCCUCAGUGUAACUCCAUUUGCUCGUGCGGCUGUUCCCUACCUGUUAGUGUGCAUAGACAGACAGACUGUCAGCUGCCUCCUGCUUCAGUGGACCAGUGGGAGAUUUCAGGAUGCACAGCCUCUCCCACUCGCUGGCAGAGCGAUUCACGUGGAGACAAUCAACACAAGAGCAGAGAACACUCUCCUGUUUGCUGCUGUUGAAGGUCCUUCUCCAUCCUGUGUAGUGUUUCAGUGGAGCUCAGGGCAGCCUUUUCCACAGCUUUCUCAGUCUAUUCCUCAUCCAGGCCUUACUUCUAUUCACCCCUUCACUUCUUCUGGCAUCACUUAUGUCUUGCUGGCUGGAAGAAAUGGCUCGUCACUCUACUCCUGGAGAUCUGAUGUCAACCUGCUUGUUAUGGUCCUGAGGGCCCCUCCGGCCUUUAGCUUCUUCUCUCUCCUGGUCACAUCCCUCAACACCAACAAGACCCUCUUGGCUUCUAAUGAGGAGAGUAGUUCAUCUGUUUAUCAAUUCACUUCUGUCUCCAAUCAGUCUGAUUUCAUACCCAGUUUUGGGGAGUUGCACUUUGGACCAGGUGACAGCGAGCUAGAAAUAGCAGUGAACAUUAUAGACGAUGACAUCCCUGAGGAGCAAGAGUACUUCCACGUCAGUCUGAAGAAUCCAAAGGGCGGGGCUGAGAUUGGAUUUGGUGGUCACGUGACUGUCUUUGUCCCAACCAACGACGAUGCCCAUGGAGUCAUCGGCUUUGCUCAGAAUUCUCUAUCUGUGGAGGUGGAGGAGUUGGAGCAAAAUAAUCAGAUUUCUCUCAGUAUGGAGAGGAAAAGGGGGACUUUUGGCAGACUGACCGUUCACUGGGCCGCCAAUGGGAGUCUGGCAGACAUUUACCCCACGUCAGGAGUGGUAAUAUUUUCAGAGGGACAGUCGGUGGCCAACAUCUCGCUGACUGUAAUAGCAGAUGGUGUCCCAGAGCUGAGGGAGAGUGUCACCAUCACCCUUGUAGAUGUCACCACUGUGGGGUUGCAGGACCUGCGACAGGCUGCAGUCAUUGACAAGCAACGGGCACUGGCUCUGCUCACCAUCCGACCAAAUGGUUCUCCCUACGGGAUAAUUGGCUGGCAUCCUAACUCCCAGUUAACCCUAACACAAGAACCACAAAGGGUUCCAGUGAAUGUGACACUCUCUAUAGUUAGGGAGCAGGGCUCUUCAGGUGAAGUGGAAAUCCAUUACCAGACCAGGCCGCCUCUGUACAAGCCCCCCUCCAACCAGGCCUCUCCAGGACAGGACUACAUUUCAAAAGAUAACACCAUCAUUAUGAUGAAUGGUGCUACAGUGGCUCUUGUCACCGUCACAAUCCUACCGGAUGACGUUCCAGAGCUGGCAGAGAGUUUUCUUGUAAAUAUCACCAGUGUGGAGCUAGUUAGUGGGUCGAUGGGGGGAGGGCAACCCAGUGUGAAGAGGCCUGGUAUGGAAGUAGCAGAGGUCACCAUCCAGGAGAAUGAUGACCCUCGAGGGAUUCUGCAGUUCAAUAUGUCCAAGGAUAUCACAGGAAGCGUGCUGGCAUUUGAGAUUCCACCACCAGACAACAUCCUCCAUCUGUCGGUGAUUCGCCUUGCUGGUACAACUGGAAGACUGGUCCUCUACUGGGAGGCUCUGCCGGGCACUGCUGAUGUCGACGAUUUCAGACCCUCAUUUGGGAACAUCACCUUUCAAGAUGGGCAGACAACUGCUACAAUUGCCAUCACCAUCUCGGAUGACGAGCGGGUGGAGAUUUUGGAGACCUUCAGAGUGAAUUUACUUCGUGUGAUUGGUGGUGCUCGACUAGGAGACGCUACCUCUGUUAAUAUCAGCAUUCCAGCUAACGACUCGCCUCUCGGACAAUUUGGAUUUCAGGAACUGGAGGUUACUGUCAGCGAGCCACAGUUUGUGGAUGAUCCCGCUGCUUUGGCCACACUAUCAGUACUGCGCAGUCCAGGAGGAAAAGGGACAGUGACUUUGGGGUGGCAGCUGCAAGACAAAGCUAGAGAUGACCUUUCACCUUUCAAUGGAACUCUUGUCUUCAAUGAGGCACAAUCUAUGAAGUCGUUCAUGAUUAGAGCCCUCGCUGACACAAUACUGGAAGGUACUGAGUAUUUCAGAGUACAGCUGUUUCCUGCUGAGAGUGGCGCUAUCAUUGACCCCUUAAAAGGCACGGCCACCAUAACUAUCAGGGCAGACAAAGCUGCCCUGGGGAUUAUUGGAAUAGAAGAGUCCUCUGGGACUAUCCUCAUUGGGGAGCCUCAGGGAGAUUACAAUGGUAGUGCGGUGGUUAGACUGGUGCGAGGGCCAGGUGUGUUUGGAGAAGUCCAGGUGUACUGGAAUAUCACUCCGGCUGUGGUCUCUGAGUUUGAAGUGAUCUCUGGCACAGUCACUAUGAAGGACGGACAGUCAUUUGCCACAAUUAUUCUGAAGGCUCUGGAUGACGAUCUCCCCGAAGAGCGUCGUGAGUACCAGCUUACUCUGACCUCCGCCACUGCUGGUAUGGAAAUCAGUUCUACAGCCAAGCAUGCCAAGAUUAUCAUGGCAGCCAGCGACAACCCCUAUGGCCUGUUCUCCUUCACCCAACAGCAGAUCAGGGUGUCUGAGGAGGAGGGAAUGGUGAAUGUGACAAUCAAUCGCUCCUUAGGGAGUCUGGGAAGUGUGUGGGUGACCUUUCACACCUCAGGUAACACAGCGGUCAGUGGCGUGGACUUUGCUCCAUCUUCAGGACGAUUACUCUUUCCUCCAGGCCAGACCUCACAACAAGUCACACUACAUGUCCUGGAUGACAGUCUUGCGGAGGAUACUGAGAUGUUCUUCCUCAAUAUUACUGAAGUGGAGCUAGUCAAUGUCAGUGCUGUUAGUUCGGGUCUCGAGCUGGACCAGCCUCCAGCCAUAGGCAACAUCUCUUCUGUUGCCGUGGUCAUAUUAAAGAAUGACAACGCUGAGGGAAUCCUGGAGUUCAGGCAGGACUAUGUCAACAUUACAGUUGCGGAGGAUGUGGGCACUCUGUUGAUCCCGGUGGUGAGGAGAGCAGGUUCAUACGGAAUAGUCUCAGCUCAAUUCACAUCCAGAGGCCUGAGUGCAACCCCCGACUUCGACUACAUACUGAAUAAUGGCUCAGCAAAGUUUCUCUAUGGACAGAAUACAAGCUACAUAAAUCUCACUAUUAUAGAUGACCUGGACAGUGAAUAUGAAGAGGUAUUUGAGGUCCGGCUGGUUGGAGCAACAGGGGGAGCAGUUCUGGGCUCUCAACAAGUUGCAAGGGUGACCAUUGCCAAGAGUGACUCUCCGAAUGGGGUGAUCCGUUUCCUCAACCAGAGCCUAAUCACUCUGGCCAAUCCAAACUCCACUCUCAAAGUUCUUCUUCUUCUGGAGAGAGCAGGAGGCCUAGUGGGCAAUGCAACGGUUGCUUGGAAAAUCCUCGGGCCUAAUAGCAGAGAGGUUCUUUCUCCAUUGAAUAAAGACAUAAGAGAGCCUGUGAACGGGUCCUUCUUCUUCAGGGAUGGAGAUGAAGGGACACAAGUCAUGGAGCUGCGCAUUCUCCCCCAUGGGGAAGUGGAGGUGGAAGAGACAUUUGUUGUAGAGCUCAGCAUUCUGUCUGGGGAGGUGGAUGUUGACUCUCAGGCUGGUUCCAUAACACUGAAGAUAGAGAAGUUUGGUGACCCAAAUGGUAUAGUCCAGUUUACCGAUGAUGCUCUUCAAGAGCGUGUCUACAAUGAAUCCACAGAAGCAGAAGGCCCCUUUAACAUUUCCUUGUACGUUACACGCAGGGAGGGUGUAAUGGGUAACAUCACGGUGCGUUGGCGGAUACAGAGUGACUCGGAUAUAGUUGGUGACUUUCUAGCCUUAGGUGGCUCAGUGAUGAUCCUGGAAGGUCAAAGGGAUGCAGAAAUUGUCCUCAGCCUGAUGCCUGAUACAGUACCAGAGUUAGAGGAGUUCUACACGGUCCAGCUCACAGCUGUGGAGGGGGGUGCAACUCUGGAUGCCAACCAAAACCAGAUCCGGACGCUUAUCAGGGUCCGUGCUAACGAUGAGCCUUACGGUGUCUUUUCCCUGAACCCCAAACAACAAUCGAUUAUGAUUGUGGAGUCAGAGUCUCAGAUCACCAGAGUUCUGGUGAUGAACGUGACACGGCUUGCCGGGCUGUUUGGCGAUACUAUCGUGAGCUAUCGGAUCAGUGGAGGGAUAGAUGAAGUGAUGGACAUCAGGGAAAUACUGAGAGGACAAGAUGAAGGAACACUGACCUUUAGGGAGGGCCAGACCUUUAGUACUAUUAGUGUGCCUAUCAACAGUCAGGUGUUUUUGUCAGUGGGUGAGAGCUUCACAGCAGAGCUGACCAAUGUUAGACUAGUCGGUCCGAUCCAUGGCUCUCUUCCUCGCCUCCUUCAAGGGGCCAACAUUGCUACGGUGACUGUGCCUGAAGAAGCUGCCAGCUCAGAGGUUGGCUUUGCCUCGCUGGUUUUGCAUGUUUCCAGUAUUGAAACAGGGGCAUGUGAAGCAAAGGUGACACGAAGAGGGUUGUUUGGAGAAGUCAGGGUACAGUGGAAAGCUGGAUAUCCAUCAGGACAGGCUCCGCUGGGGCUCAGUCCAGGAGCCAUUUCCCCAAGUUCAGGCUCACUGACCCUGGUCCAUGGAGAGAAGACUAAAGCCAUAUCUCUGACCGCUGUUGCUGAUGCAUUUGAGCCGGCUUCCUAUGCUAUACACCUCACUGCUGCGACGUCAAGCUCUUCUGCAGCGAGUGCUGUCAAGCUAAGGGCCGGAUUUACUGUGACAGAAGUGGAGCCAUUGGGAAUCUACCAGUUUACCCCGGAUUCCCGCCAGUUGGUCAUUGCAGAGGACAUUCAGACGAUCACACUUUAUGUUCAGAGACUCUAUGGUUCUCGUAGCAACAGCACCCGCCUGUCUUAUACAACGUUAGCAGGCACAGCCGCAGCAGGAGAGGACUUUAUUGCAGUGCCAGAUGGCAGUUUGGUCUUUAACUCACCUCUACAAACCAACACUUCCUUCCGCCUUUCAAUACUCGACGACUCCCUUUCAGAGGCAGAUGAGAACUUUCACGUCAACCUUACAGAUGUUCAAGUCCUUACUCCAGACGUAGCUUGGGCAGAUGCCUCUCCUCGCCUCAACCUCCAGCACAGUGUGGCCACUGUCACCAUCCAAGCAAGUGAUGUGACCGGAGGAGUGCUGAGUAUCGGACCUGGAUUGGUAAAAAUACCCGAAGACAGGGCUGAGGAGACCCAACAAGAGCAAAGAGUAGUCCUAAGGGUUCGUCGGUCCGAGAGUGUGGCGGGGGCUGUAACGGUUCGUGUUCAAGCAUAUGGAGAUGGAAGUGCAACACCUAUUCCCUUCACCCUAGACCCUGUUGAGACCCUUGCAAAGGAGGAACAAGACUUCCGCCUAGAGUCAACCGUUGUGUCCUUUCAGGCUGGUCAGAACGAGACAGAGAUUGUACUCUUCAUCGUGGAUGAUCGAGAGCCAGAGGGACAGGAAGUAUUCUUCAUUUAUCUCAGUGAUCCAGAGGGAGGAGCUCAAAUAACAGACAGUCCUUACCAGGGCUUUGGAGCCUUUGCCAAGAUCACCAUCCUCGGGAGUGACUUCCAUAAUGGCAUCAUAGGGUUUACUCUUAAUUCUCAGUUGGGACAAGUUCUGGAUGAGGAUUCAAAGAACAGAACUGCCAUCCUCUUCCUUCAGAGACAAGAAAACAGAGCGUUUGAGGAUUUGCAAGUCUUCUGGAGAGUUACCUUAAGCAAGGCAGUUCUAACUCUUGUCAACAAUGAAGUCAACCUAACCAGACAACUUCUGCAGACCUCAGGAACUGCUCUGUGUAGGAGACGAGAGAUCCUCUGUGCUCUCGCUGUAGAGGUCCAGGAUGAUGAGGAACCAGAGCAGCAGGCGUGGUUCUUGGUAGAGAUUUAUCAGGUGGGUGCUGGAGCUGCCAUCAAUGAGACAACCCGUUUUGGCCAACAUCACGUUGGCGAGAGCGACGAUCCACAAGGCAUUAUGUACUUUGCUGCUGGUCACAGACUACCCGUGGCCACCUUGACAACCAUGAGGCUUAGUCUCCAAGUCUACAGACGAGCGAGCACAGCUUCAGUCAUAUCGGUACAAUACCGCACACUGGAGCUCCCCAGAGAGGACGCAGUGGGUCCCUCUACCAUCUGGCCUGCCAAAGCAGGGAUGGAUUUUCCCAAACAGGAAGGGAGGCUAACCUUCAACGUUGGCCAGCGUAACACAUCAUUGGACAUUUACCUCACACCCGACCUCGCCUCAACAUUACCCACACCCAAGCGCUUUCAAGUGGAACUCUACAAUGCUACAGGGGGCACCAGAGUGCACUCCCUGUUUGGGGUGGCUAAUGUGACUCUGGUUUCCAAUGCAGCAAGUGAAGCCGUGUGGCUCAUACUGGAUCAAUUAUAUCAGCCUCUUGACUCAACUAUUUUGAACCAGGUGCUGCAGGGACUGAUCAAUAAAGUCUCUACAGCUGUAAAUCAUGAGCAGAUGGUUGCUGUGCUGGAAGCAAUGGGGAAGGUGAUUGCAGAGGCAGAGAGGGCUCCUAUAGAGGAAAGUAGCCGCAAUUUGACUUACAACCUGCUGUGUUCCUUGGCCAAUCCCAGCAGAUCUGACACCAGAGGCCUCACCUACCUAGCUGAGGUGGCCGAGCGAUUCGCAUUCUCCCUCCUUGCGCAGAUUCAGUGUGAGAUGAGGGGCACCAUCCUGGAAACAUGUCCAUAUAUGUCCAUCUCUGCCUUCCAGUGGUAUCCCACGCAGAUCAAUGCACACAAAUUCAGGGGCCGGAAUGCAGACUUCUUCCAGCUGCCAGAUACUCUACUGGCGGUGCCAGCAGUCUCCACUCCUAACUGUGGAAACCUCAGCCAGAUUCAGCUGACUGAGUUUAGAACGGAACACUGGUUUCUUACCAAUGAUACAAACACUGCCCUUAAUGGGAAGGUAUUCUCAGCCAGCCUCCAGGACAGAAGGUCACGACCUCUACAUGAUGACAAUGAGGUGGUGUAUCGGAUACAUUCCCCUGGUCAGCAAGUAAAACCGGGCCGGUCUCGGUGCCUUCUGUGGAACCAGACCACUGCAAGCUGGUCAUCAGAUGGUCAAUACUGCAGAGUGCUGAAAGAGAGUGGGAACUAUGUGGAAUGCGCCUGUUCCCACUUGUCCAUCUACACGGCCUACGCAGAGUUCGUUACUCCGGCGUCCUACAACAACGCCUUCUAUGCCUCCGGAUUUAUCAGCGUCUCGGGUUUUGCAUUGGCCAUUAUAUCCCACGUGCUAUGCUCCCGUUUCCCCAUGUUUUCUGCCAAACUGCUCACGCACAUGAUGGUGAGCUGCCUUGGAACCCAGAUCUGUUUCCUGGUGUCGGCUUUCCGUGGCCGAAUGUUUUCAGACGACAGCUGUGCUACUCUGGCGCUCUUUUCUCACUAUUUCCACCUCAGUCAGUUCUUCUGGAUGUUGAUACAGGCGGUGAACUUCUGGCAAGUUCUGGUGAUGAAUGACGAGCACACAGAGCGUCGGUACCUGCUCUACUUCCUGUUGGCCUGGGGACUUCCUGCUCUGGUCAUCAUUGUCCUGGUCGUCGUCUUGCUUGGCGGCUUCGGAUGGACCAUACACACUGUAUACGGGCUGGUUCAAGGAGACGUGUGCUUCAUCCCAAACAUCUAUGCAGCUCUGUGCACAGCGGUGCUGGUGCCUCUCAUCUGUCUGGUUGCGGUCAUGGUGGUGUUCAUCCACGCCUACCAGGUCACUCAGCAGUGGAAGGCCUACGACGACAUUUACAGAGGACGAACCAACAGCACAGAGGUGCCGCUGGUUCUCUACCUGUUCCUGCUCAUCUCCCUGGUCUGGUUGUGGGCCGGCCUCCACAUGGCCUACAGGGACCUGUGGAUGCUCAUCCUUUACGUCAUCUUUAACUGCUUGCUGGGCUUGUAUGUGUUUGCUGUGUACUUCGUCAUGCACAACCAGCUGUGUUGGCCGACUAAAGCCAGUUACACAGUGGAGAUGAGCGGCCACGACAGUCCUGACUCUACCUACCAGGGUGGGGGACCCACCACUGUGGGGGGCGACAUCAGCAAAUCUACUCAGAACCUCAUCAGUGCCAUGGAGGAGGUGUCAGCAGACUGGGAGCGAGCAUCGCUGCAGCCCGGCAGUCAUCCCAGCAGUGUGUUUAAACCCAGUCCUGUGAUGGGGACGUACUCCACCGAGGGAGGCUUCAUCAACAGCAAUCUAGUCACCGCAGACGAGGAGUCGCAGGAGUUUGACGACCUUAUAUUUGCCUUAAAAACUGGGACCGGCCUUAAUUUGAGUGACAACGAGUCAUUACCUGGAAGCCACGACGGAGGGAGCAUAAACAACUCCCAAAUAGUUGAACUGAGACGAAUCCCCAUCGCCGACACACACCUCUAACCUGUCCCCCUCACACACUCCCAAGACCUCUACUCUUCACAAAAAUUACAACACAGUAUUUUUAUAUUAUGAAAUGGUUUUGCACUAAAACACUGUUUUUUUCAACUUUUCAUAUCGUUGUUUGAAUCUGUAUGAAUCUGUAUUUUUAUUUUAUUGUUUAUGUAUAUAUAUGAACCUAUACAUACAUGUUUUACUAAAUACUAAGUCCUCAAUGAAGUUGUUUUCCUGUAUGUAUAUUUGGAUUUUUUUUUUCCUAGAAGUAAAUGAGAUGUAGCCGAUCACUUGGCAGAACCACUGCGGGUGAGAAUGGACAUUGUGUAACAUUGUUAAUAAACGAUUUACCAUAUGUUUUACAUUAGCCUGGGAUGACUUAAUCUUUACUACUCAUAUGCUGUCAAUAAAGUCAGUCUAUCA